GAAGAAGUCCGAGGCUCAUCUAGCAACAACAACAGCAACCAGACAAAACCCCAGUCAUAUGUUUGCUGCCACGUAAGAGCCGCUGGAUGUAGAAUUACAUCACGUUGUCGACCCACACGAAGGGCAUAACCAAUAUGGCACGGGCGCGAGGCUCGGGGCCAAAGGACGCCGGGCUCGUUGCUUCCGGCGAGCCUGGCACGUAUUAUGUGCUGCACGAGACUUGGCAGGUCGGCAAGCGGUAUGAGCUGGUGAGGGUGCUAGGCACGGGCUCAUUCAGCAGCGUGUGCCUCGCCAUAGAUACGCAGGACAACAACGAGAAGGUCGCCCUGAAGCGCGUUGGGGACGUGUUUGCAUCACUGGAGAACGCCAAGCGUGUGCUGCGGGAGGUGUGCAUCAUGCGGCGCCUGGAGCACCCAAACAUCGUCCGUCUAAAGGACGUCUUCAUCAGGCCGUCGCCCACAGGCAAGUACGUGUUCCGCGGCGGCAAGCUGGUGCCCACCUCCUUCGACUGCUACCUGGCCAUGGACUACUGCGACCAGGGCGACAUGUUCAAUAUGCGGGGCCAGCUGCCGGAGCAUGAAGUGCGCAGCCUGAUGCUGCAGCUGCUGGGGGCGCUCAGGUACCUCCACGGCCUGAAUGUCUGGCACCGGGACAUCAAAACGGGCAAUCUGCUGCUGUCCCUGUCGGAGGGCCGGCGGCUGCUCAAAGUGGCCGACUUCGGCUCCGCCCGCAGCGCCAUGGACCCGGCGACACGCGAGCCCGCGGCCGCAGCAGCUGCGAGGCAGGGCGCCCCCGCGGCCGACGGCGACCAGCAGAGCGGCCUGCUCGGGGGCUUGCCGCGGGACGACUCGGGGUCGGACAUGGAGGUGGAGGACUACUGCGAGCCCGACUCAGACACAGGCACCUCGCCGGAGGGCGGGCCGCAGGCCCUGGAGGCCGCUGCCGCUGAGUCUGCGCGCGGCAACGGCGCCGGGGCGCGCUGCGGCCGCGGCCGCGCGGGCAGCAUUCCGCCCCGGCCUCGGGUUCGUGGCGGUGACGGUGGGGUUCGGGCUGCGGCGGCAGCGUCCGGCCUGGUGGCGGUACCGGCGCCUGACGGCGGCUACAACCCGCCGCUUACGUCGGUGGUGUGCACGCCCUGCUACCGGGCGCCCGAGGUGGUCAUGAGCCGGGGAGGCUAUUCGUCAGCCAUAGACAUGUGGAGCGCGGGCUGCGUGUUCGGCGAGCUGCUGCAGCGGGCGGCGCUGUUGGGCCGAGCCUCCACCCCACACCUGCAGGUGGCGCCCGUGUUCGCCAUCACGGCGGGCCGGCCGCUGACGCCGCACACGGGCAUGCGCUACGGGGUGGCGGAGCCGGGGCACGGCGUGGGCGCCUCCGCCUAUGCGGAGCUGACGGCGCUGUUCUCAGUGAUUGGGACGCCCGCGUGGGCCUGCAUCGAGAGUGUCCCGAGUCCGGCGUGGCGGCGGUACCUGUUCCACAUUCCCGGAAAGGCACCUACGCUGUACCGGCGCUUCGGCGGCGCUGGCGAGGUGGCGGUGGAUUUGCUCAGCCGCCUGCUGCAGUUCGACCCGGCGCGGCGGGCCAGUGCGGAGGAGUCCAUGGCGCACGAGUACUUUGCGCUGCUGCACAUGGAGGCGCAGAUGGCGGCUACGGAGCUCGCAACCGCGCCGCGCAAUGCGGCGCACAAGGCAGGCGCAGCAGCAGGGCCCGUCCGGCGGUCGCCGUCGCCGGCAGUUGAGCGCGCGGCGGCCAAGGCCGCCGCGGCGGCCUCACUGCUGCCACAUAACGCCGCAGCAGCAGCACAACUGCUGCCCAGCUGGCCGCCGGGGCGCAACAGCGGCACAGGCCACGCCGUGCCAGCGGAGGAGCCCUUCCCCUCGAAUCAGGCUGGCGCUGCCGCUACCGCUGCCUCUAUGGAGGUAGUGGCGCCCGCAGCUAUGCAGUCGGCUCUGACGCCGCAGCAACAGCAACCGGCGCCGGCAGCUGGCGGGGAAGCAUCGCCGCCGGCACCACCAUUGCAGUGUCUCCCAAGUGCCACGAUACACAUCCGGCGCAGUAACAAUAUUAGUGCCGGCGGUGCCAGCAUCGGCUCGGCGUCCUGCCGUUCCAAACGGAAGCUCGAGGAUGAGCACGCAGAGGCGGAAGGCCAGGGCGAGGGUGGCGAUGCGGAGAUGAGCUCGCGCAGCGCCAGUGAGGAGCGCCAGGUAGCUGCGGCCGCAGCGCAGCAGCAGCGGCAGGAACAACAGCCCAUGGUGGAUGCCGCAUGUAGCACCGAGGCGACAGAUCCGCAUCAGAAGCUUCGGUUCUGGCAGAUUGACGACCCGGGUGUUGCGCUGGCGGCGUUGGAGGAGGAGCUGGCGGCGCUGGUGCCGCCCAUGGACACGCCCACCACCUCCUCCGCAGCUAGGGAGCAGGCGUACGGCGGCGGUGGCGGUGCGCUGUCAGACGAGGAGGUGGCAUUUGUGGAGAAGUGCAAGGAGCAGCUGCGGCUGAUGCUGGAGCGGGAGUGCGAGGAACACACGGCGCGCGCUGCGCUGGCGCGGCUGAGCGCGGCGGAUGAGCGGCGGGCCAGUGGGGGUGGCGCUGGGUCGGCGGCGGGCGGCAGUGGCAAUGCCGGCGGCUACUUUGUCCGGCGCAACAACUCGGAGGGUAUGCUGGGCGGAGACCUGACUGGCGGCAGCAUGGUCAAUGUGCAGCACGGGCACCUGCGCCCCGAUCCCGGCCAAGCGCUUGAUCCCGCCUUGAUAGGCUACGAGCGGGUGCCGUACCACGCGGACGCGGCCGCCGCGGCGCUGGAGCCGGAGAAGCAUCUGUGGGCGGGCCGGCACGGCGAGUGGACGGCGUCCUCCCUCGCGGAGGGCAAGCGCAAGCAGCAGGCGGACGAGGGCGCGGGCAGCGGCACGUGGGGCGUCACGCUCAUGCCGCCGGGGCUGGGGCUGGACGAGCACACGGCGGAGGGGCAGGCGUACAUCGUGGCGGUGCGCGGACAGCACGCCAGGUAGAGGGCGCGUGAGCGCGCCUGCUACUAAGGUGUAGUGAGCCUCGUGGUGUGGCGGUGAAUAUGCGGAACAAAUUUUGAUACAGUAUUGUCAAGGCGUGCUGGUUUGUGUGUGUCGCCUUGAACUAUGUGCGUGAGGUCACAGCGUUGAGGCGCUGAUAGCGUGACGGGCACGUUGGUCGUUGGUGGCUGAUGCAUUGUAUGGGCGCAUGCAGUAACGUUAGUGCGGCCGCAUCAGUGUACAGUAGCAGGGGUAGCUUUGCAUGUUGGUUCUUUCGUUUGGGCUGAUGAGCAUCCAGGCAAUUCUCUUUGUUCGGGAUUCUUAGUACAUGAACAGUUGCUUGCACAACUGAUGCGGCAAUAUAGGUCAUGAACAGUAAGGCAGGCGGAGGCAUCGAAGAUUACCAUGCUGGAGAGCCUGGAGACUUGUAUGCCGAGACGUACGGUCGAAUUACGGUAUUUUGCCUAGACGCCAUGGCACAUGCCGGGCGUGUAAUAGGCUUCGUGUUUCUGGGGAUGGUGAGGAGGCGGGGGGGGGGCAGGCAACAGAUGGUGGCAGUGGCACAAAGCGGGGCUGUUGGGGGGGAGCUGUUCGGUUCAUCCGGUGACGUUUACAGCCGCGAGAGCGCGUUCAUGCCUGAUGAACAGUGAAGCUUUCCUCCCAUCACGGAUGUGCGACCGCAAGGCGCACACGGCACCACUCGGGAUUCCGCGAGAUCCCGCGGAAGUCGGGCAGGGGCAGGGGCAGGUUUGGGCGGGGGCAGGUGAAGCUUUGGGCGGGGCAGGGGCAGGUUUGGGCGGGGCAGGGGCAGCUGCAGGUUUGGGCGGGGCAGGUUCGGACGGGCAGGAAUCGAGGAUGACACGGCCAUAAGCAUCCGUAGCAUCCGUGUCCCUGUUGUCCCUUGUGAAAGAGGAACCGCGACCUGAACGCUGCGGCAAACAUCCGCCUCAUCACCGCGUGCGUGGAGGACGGCACGCCAUGGCCAGCUGCGUUAAGCAGGCCGCCCAAGCGGGGCGGCAGGAUUGAUGGCAGUGGCUGGAUUAGCGAUAGCGGGUAAUGUGGUGCGUGUGUGCCGUACCGGAUGUAGGUGGUGGAGUCUGGAGGACAGGUUGAGGCUGUCCUCCCCAGCCGUCCGGCCUAGGUCCGUGACGUGAGGAGCUAGAUAGGUUGAUCCGGUGUCAGCGCGAGCCCCAAUACACCGUCCUGAGUGGUCGUGUGAGCCGUGUGCGAUGGGACAGUGGGAAGGCAAGUUGGUAAAGUCCCGUCGGGUGCAGCUGAUGCCCAGAACCCAACAAAUGGCACACAAUUGGCAACGGCAGGGCAGGAGUGCGCGGCUGGUCGAACGCCGGAGUUACUAUACCGACGAGUUGCUGGCUGGCUGGAAGUUUGCUGACGCGCACCGUCCUGAGUGGUCGUCUGUCCUAGGCGCAAUCUCAACAAAUUGCUUCGGCGUGUGGGGACGCGGCGUUGGCGAGAGCCACGGAUGGCCCCGUUAC